UUCAUGUUUGAACAAUGACUGGCAACGAGUUUUAGCGUUCACAAGAUCCAUCCGGCCCGCCGCGAGCGCAACACACUGUGCCUACGAGGCUCCCAGCCGCCUAGCAGGCUCCAGCCAUGACCACUGAAACUCCUAUUGAAUCAGAUGACACUGCGGCGGCUGCAGCCGCAGCUGACAAGCUGGGCUCUUCCAGCCCGCCCCAGCCGCCCUCACCAGCCCCCAGCCACCCGCCCCCGCCGCGCGGCCCUCCACCAACACCCGCCCCGCCCCCGCGCGCUCGGACCCAGGACGUACUAUCCGACGCCAUCUCCUUUCGCGAGCUCAUGGUUUCCGAGCCGCUCGUUCAAAGCCUCGCAGCUGCGGGCUUCGAGCGGCCGUCGCCGGUGCAGAAGGCCGCAAUCCCGCUGGGGCGAGUGGGCGCCGACUUGAUUGUGCAGGCCAAGAGCGGCACCGGCAAGACGGUGGUAUUCGCGGUGGUGGUGCUGGAGCGCGUCAAGGUGGCCAGCGCCACAACACAGGCGCUCAUCCUGGCUCCCACACGCGAGAUCGCCAUUCAGUCGGAGCAGGUCAUCCGCGCCCUGGCGGCGGAGCUGCCGCCGCCGGCGCCCGCCUCCGCCGCCUUUGUGGGCGGCCUCCCCAUCGUCGACGACGAGAAGCGCCUGCGCCGCCUCUGCCACAUCGCCGUCGGCACGCCCGGCCGCGUAUGCGCGCUUCUGCAGGCCGGCCGACUCACCGGCUCCACGCUAAGUCUACUUGUGUUGGAUGAAGCAGAUAGUUUGUUGGGAGAUUCUUUCUACGAGGAUGUGACUUGGAUCUACGACCAGCUGCCGAAGCGCAAGCAGGUUCUGGCGUUCUCGGCGACCUACACGCCCGAGCUGCUGGCGGAUUUGGAGCCGCUCAUGCGGAAGCCGCAGCGCAUCAUGCUGUGCGCCGGCGGAGGCGGAGGAGGAGGCGGAGGGGACGAAGGAGCGGAGGGGGCGGAGGGAGCCGCUGACGCCGGCUCGGGGGUAGGAGGCGGCGGAGGCGGAGGCGUAAGCCUGCUCGGUGUGAAGCAGUUCUACUGCGUGGUCAGCGAGGGUGGGGGCGGCGGCGAGGGUGGCGACGGCGGCGAGGCGCAGGGCGCUGGCGCUGCGGCGGCGACAGGGGCGGCGGCGGUGGCUGCCGCGCCCUCCUCCUCCUCGGCCGCUGUGUUCCGGAGCAAGGUGGUGGCGCUGCUGCGGCUGCUGGCGGGAGUGUCGUUCCACCAGGCUGUGGUGUUCUGCAACAACAAGCCGCGCGCCGAGUGGCUGAGUGCGCAGCUGGCGGCGGCCGGCUACCCCGCAGCCUACCUGUCCGGCGACCGGCCCCAGACGGAGCGCAUGGCAGCCAUGGAGGCCGUGCGCGGCUUCAAGCUCAGGGUGCUUGUGUCCACGGAUGUGAUGGCUCGCGGCGUGGACCUGGACCGCGUCAAUCUGGUGGUGAACCUGGACCUGCCGCAGGACGCAGCCACGCACAUGCACCGAGUGGGCCGCACCGGCCGCUUCGGCAGCCGCGGUGUGUGCGUGUCGUACGUCACACAGGCCGAGCUGGGGAUCCUGGUGUCGUACGUGGACCAGCAGGCGGCCGCCGCCGCCGCAACAGCCGCCGCCGCCAGCGCCGCCGCGGCCGCCAACGGCGGCGGCACCGAGGGCGCCGCCGCGCCUGCUGCCGCCGCUGCAGCUAGCGCUGGCGUGGGCGCGGAGGAUGUGGGUGCGGGUGCGGGCGCGAGUGCGGGCGCGGCGGGUCUGCUGCCGCUGCCGGAUGUCAUUCCAGAGGACUUGUACGGGUUUGACCUGGCCAGUGACUGGGAGCGCCAGGCACUGCAGCAGCUGCUGACGCAGCAGCGCCGCGGGCGGGCACCCACGGCGGCGGCGGCGGCGGCGGGGGCGGCGGCGGCGGCGGCGCCAGCCGCCGGCAGUGUCAAUGGGGCGGCGGCGGAGGGGCAGCAGGUUGGCGGCCGGGAAGGGGCGGGGGCGGAGGCGGAGGCGCACCUAGAGCAAGCGGAGGGUGGUGGUGAUGAGGAUGGGAUCGAGCUGCAGCUGCCGCUGCUGCCAGAGGAGGUGGCGGCGGCGGAGAAGGCGGAGCGCAAGGCGGCGGCGGCGGCGCGGCGGGAGGAGAAGCAGCGGGCCAAGGAGGAGCGCGAGGCGGAGCGGGAGCGGGAGCGCUGGCAGGCAUGGGAGGCGUACUACGCCGCACAGGGGUACGGCGGUUACGGCGCUUACAGCGGGUACGGCGGCGGCGCAACGGUGGCGGCGGCGGAUGGCGCAAAUGCCGGCAGCCAUACGACGCCCUCAGCGGCCGGGGCAGCGGCGGCGGCGGGCCAGCACCAGUCAGCCGCAUACGACCCGUACGGCACGGUGGCGGCGGCGGCGACAGCGGCGCAUGAGGGCGCGGGUUACGGCAGCGCCUCUACAUCGUCCUACUACGCGCAGUAUUACGGGCAGCCGUACGGGAAGCAGUACGGGCAACCGUACGAUCAGGCGUACGGGCAGCAGUACUAUGGGCAGGCGUACGGGCAGUCGGGGUCAGAGCCAGCGGCAGCGGCGGCGGCGGCACACGAUCAGGCGGCGGUUGCGGCGGCCUGGGCGGCCUACUACCAGCGGCAGCAGCAACAGCAGCUAGCGGGCCAGCAUUAUGACCCGUACCACCAGACACAUGCUGCGGGUGCAGCGCCGGCGGCUAUGGCGGCGCAGGUGCGGGGGCGGGAGGGCACUGUCGCAGCUGCUGCUCCCGCGGCGGCGGCACAGGAGCAGGAGGAGGAGGAGGCGUAUGACGAUGAGGCGCCCGAGCUGGCGUUUGAGGCGCUGCGGGGGCAGGUGGUGUGGGCGGCUGAGGAGGCGGAGGCUGAGGGAGCUGGAGCUGCAGGCGAGCAGGAGCAGCCCGAGGAGCAGCAGGCGGAGGGCGGUGAGGGUGCCGAGGGCGAGGACGAGGACGAGGCAGAGGAUGACAGCUGGGUGUUGGGGGAGGAGGACUUCCCGCCACACGUGGCACGCGCCGUUGACAACCUGUUGGUGCUACUGCCGCCGGCUGGUGGUGGUGGUGCGGCUGCUACUGCCCCAGGAAGAAGAGGCGGGGCCGGUGCGAAGGCGCCAGCUGCGGCGGCUGCUGCUGCUGCGGCGGCGGCGGGGCCACAGGGGCUCGGCGGCAGUGGGCCACAGGCAGAGGGCGGCGCAGCUGAGGCCGCAGGUGCGGCGGACGCGGCAGCAGCGGUCGGUGUGGCGGCGGCUGGGUACGGCCAUGGGUAUUACGGCAGUGGGUAUUACGGCGCGUACGGCGGGUACGGCGGGUACGCGGACUAUUACCAGCAGCAGCAGCAGCAGCAGCAGUACUACGGCAGUAGCGGCGACAGCAGCGGUGCGUAUCCGUACACGCAGUGGUGGCAGCAACAAGGGCCACCGCACCCGCCACCACCGCCACCGCCGCCUCCACCGCCGCCCUACGGCCCGCACCAUCACUACCACCCCCCGCCACCACCGCCGUCCCACCGCUACGGCUACCCCGGACACCACCACCCGCACGGCCCGCCACCGCCUGCGCCGCCGCCUCCACCGCCGCACCACCACCACCACAGUUACAGCUACAGCCAUGCUCACCAGCCGCACCCGCAGUACGGCGGCGCUGCUGCUACAGCCCACGACCCGUACAGCUGGGAGCUGCAGGAGCCGCUGCGCUGCAUGGGCUGCGUGCGGCGCAUGCUGCGCGACUAUGUACGGCAGCACGCGGCGUGGCAGCAGCAGUACGGCGCGUGGCGUGAGCAGUACCGCCGCUGGUACGAGGGGUGGACGCGGCUGGAGGGCGGGGUGGCGGAGGGGGCGGCGGAGGCGGAGGCGGGGGCGUCGCCUGCUGGGGGCGGCGUGCGGCAGUCGUGAUCUAUGAGUGUGCGAUGGGACAGCGUCAAGGCAGGUUGGUGAAUUCCCGCAGGGUGCAGCUGAUUCCCAGACCCCAGCAGAUGGCGAACAGUUUGCAACGGCAGUGCAUGAGCGCGCGGCUGGUCGAACGGUGGCUGUGUGGAUGGGGGAAGGCAGCUAGGCGCAGGUGGCGGUGCAGGUGGUGGUGCAGGUGGCGGUGCAUGCAGGUGGUGUUGCUGCUGGCGGUUCGGGACUGGGUGCAAGCACGCAUGGGAGUGUCGCUGCCGGCGCGGCCAUGCAGCGCUUUGAUUGGCGUGCGGAUAUGAUGGCAGGUUGCUUGACAGGUGAUUUGUUGAUACGUGGUGUGAACAGCAGCGCCGACUCAUGCUUUCACGCAUGAUGGCAGUCAGGCAUGGCACGCUCGUUGACAGCAGUCCCGCAGCGGCGCAGCCACGCAAACAGCUUCAGUACCGCCCCUCUCUGCUCUCCCAACCCCACAACGGACAGGGUGUUCCCGGGGGCCUUCGCCCCCCCUCGCCUGAAUCACUGCGCUCAAGGGGCGUGGUCAGCCCAACAACACGUGUGCGUGCUGUGUGUGAGUGAUUCUGUUUGUGUUGCCCUCUCACCUCAACGCUAGCUGGUGACACUCGCACAGCAAGAGCGCACGGCACGCGCGUGCCUUAUUACAUGACUGUCGGCCUGUGACACUCAGUCCUUUACUCCA